CGUACCAAACCACUCCCCAACAAUUUAAUGAGUCAAAAUCCAAAGCAAAACCAAUCGCCAUGAACACUUCUUUCCAGAUUGAUAACGGAAUCACGAAUUAAGUCUCGAGUUUGGUGUUUGAUCAUAACCUUCUCCAUCAAAAUGAACUUCCCAUCUCAAGGGAAGCGAAAUGAUUCCUAGCACCACUGCCUCAUCAUCAACUAUCGUUGUCGAUUAAAAAAGAACAUUUUCUACAGGUAAAACAUUCUGAGGAAUACGGUUUAUGAUCAUUAUCACAUAGAAGCCUUCCUUUGACAAUACACCAUUUGCUGGCCAAUAAUUUACCUAAUUAAGUUAUCUUCUCAAAAAUAAUACUCUCCUAUUUUCAUAUGCACUUCAAUGGCGUCUACCUAGGAUCCCGAAAAUCUAUUUACCUCCCUUUCAUAUAAAAUGGUUCAUCUUAGUGAGCUUUCUUGGGAUGAACUACUAGCUACUGAUAACCCGGAUUUGAUUUGGCCACAAGAUCACCAGACAGAGAAUGAGAUCAUACGCAGAUGCCCUGAAUUUGCCACAUUAUAUCAAAUAUUGAGUACCCACCUGUUUCUUCAGGCUUCAGAAUAUGGAUAUGUCGACAUUGUGAAGGUUUUAUUAGCUAAAGACGCAGGUCUAUGUCAUCUCUCGGAUCCAUUGGGCAGAAGUCCGCUUGACUAUGCAGCCAAGACUGGGAAAAUGGAGGUUAUUGAUAUACUACUUCAGACUAUGCAUACAUGCCAAAUAGAAGCCGAAACUGUAAAGUUGUUGGUGGAGAAUGCUCUCCUUAUUGCUAUUGCAGGGAAUCAGCGGGAGGCCUUUCGAGUGUUGGCGUACAAAUACAUGGAGGAUUGGGAUAGCAACAAGGUGGCAUCCAUUAAAACAACAAACAAGCUACUACUGCAAGCAAACGGUGGAGUACAAGAUCCGAGGAUGUCAGAGGUGGUUCAAAUUAUGGGUAUUCAAGAGUUAAAUAAACUACUCAUGGUUGCAUGUAAAGAAUAUUCCCUGAGGAGGCAAAAGGAACAAAAUGAUCUACGGGUGAAUGCUAAGGAGCUGGAGGGAUUGCUGAACAAAUACCCACUUCUCUUUGAAACAGUCAGUUCUCCAAGAUCGUGUCCGCUAGAGACACAGUUAUACCUAACUAUUUUGACAAAGGAAACUGAUGAUCUUGUUAAACACAUCAUGAGACGACGAAAACCCGAGCUUUUCGAACCCAGCUAUUACCCAUUGCAUGAAGCUUCCGGAUCUGGCUACAUUAAGACCGUAAGAUUGAUGCUAUCCCAAGUAAGUUGUACUUCUACUGCGUGUUCUCAGAAAUCCAAAAGCAGAGGAGACACUCCCCUUCAUCAUGCAGUAUCGAAUUUUGGCACAAAUGAAGUCAUUCGCAUAUUGCUGUCUACUUCUUGGGACUGUGUUGGAGCAGUGACAGAUGACAGGAGAAACCCAGCUCUCUUUCUUGCUGCGCGUUUGAAAAGAUACAGCCCCUUUAAGAUCUUGUUGGAGUAUCACAUCAUCAAGGAUGAGCUCUUGGACAACAAUAAUGUCAAUUACUGGAAAGGUGGAAAGUUUGUGUUGGAGAUAGCUGAUAGAUUCGUCCAUAUUGUGAAAGAGCUCUUAAGUCAAUCUGAUUGCAAGGUGUGUUUUGUAGAAUAUAAGGAUAAUGAGAACUGGAAGGGUUGCAUGGAAGCAGUCAUCAAUGGUAAACUUACAGACAACAUUUUGGAUGUAGUUCAAGAUGUGGAAAAAGAAAAAAAUGGUCCUUUAGUUCAUCUUUCUUAUUACAGAAAGUCCAUAACUUUGAAAGUCUUGCUGAGGCACCCUCGGAUUAGAGAGAUACUUGAAAUCCAAGGUCAAUAUGGAUACCCCAACUUAUUAAACACGCUAAGCAAGCCAGACUCCAGAAACACAAAUUUGAUGGGUCUACUAUUAACCUGGGAGUAUGAGAGGUAUCACCAAGCCAUACUGCUCGUGGAUGCUAUUCAAAUGGGAGAUUUCGAAGGCUAUAUGGAGUUACUUUCCCUAUAUCCAGACAUCCUUGACCGUGUAUCUGAAUUCCCUCUUGGGGGUACACCAUUACAUAUUUCUAUCAAGGCAGGAAAGGGGAAACUAACUACAUUCAUAAAAGAUAUCAUACGAACAAGGCCUGAUUUUGCACAUUGUCCAAAUCGGAAUGGAUUCACCCCACUUCAUGUUGCAUCAGCUAAAGAUUACCUGGACAUCGUAAAAGAGUUGAUUGCUCAAGUUGGGCCCCAUCUAUGUUUUCUUAACCGGUAUCCAAGUUCUUGGAGGAGUUGUGAUGAUCUUGAUGAUUCUACUGAUGAUGAUAAAGGGAGAAAAGAACAAGAAAUUCUUGAUUAUGAUGAAGAUAAUUCUCUUUUUAGUGAUGCUUGUUGUUUUGUUGUCAAAACUCCUUUGCAUUGUGCAAUCAAUAAUCAUCGGAUUUCUGUCAUUAAUGAAUUGCUCCCAAUUUGGUGGAACUCUAGUACUGGAAUGGCAUUAAAGGGAAGGGAUAUCUCUCUUUUGAGAAGUGUUUUAAGUCCUGGCGAAGGAGGUUAUUCUGAAGCAGGGACAAUGUUGAUAUUAAGGUAUAUUGAGGAUCAGCUUUUGUGCUCUGAGGAUUGGGAUACGAAUGCUGCAUCAGAGUUGAGCAGUGGGUACAUUCAAAUCAUGAAGCUUCUAGUAAACCCAAAUACUUCCUGUCAUCUGUCUCUUGUUUUUGUCGAUAAGACGGAAGAAGAUAAAAAUAUUAAUGGUGUUUAUAAUCACUGCUCUGCAGUCAUCGAAGUCAAAUGUGGUACUAUCAACCUGCUAAACGGAGAAAAUUAUAAUGUUUAUAAUAAGCUCACAACUUCUUAUCUCAAGUAUUUUCAGGAAGUGACCAGUACCCAAAGGAAAAGAAUUCUUAAUCUGUGGUUGGAUAAACAGAAGUCCAUAAUAAUAAUGGAGAUCUGGAUGAGAAGUCCUCUGUUUUACACCGAAGAUAAAGAUGGCAGAACCGUCAGAGACAGUCUGUGGAACUGCAAAGAGAAGGGGGGCGGCAAGGAUGAGUUUGGGAAUGUAAUUCCACUACAUAUUACGAUAUGGGAUGAUGAAAUUCAUAAUGGCGAUACAUCAUCUUCAGAAGAUGACAGUAUUGAUGGGAAUGAAGAAACAUCAGAAAAUGCAGAAGUCGAUGGAGUACAAAAUACAUCUGAAAAAUGUGUUUGUCCUGAAUCUUUUAGUGAAAUGCCUAGUGAUCAAGUACAGUUGCCUGAUGCAGAGGAAGAUAAUAACAGAGAGGUACAUGAACAAGAUCUACCUGGCGUAAAUGUUUCUGAUAAUCCAAUUGGCGUCAAUUCUACUAUGAAUGAUCAAAGAUUAUUCUUAAAUUCCGGUCAAAUGUUUGAAUCUGCAAGCAAAUGUCGGCAUGCUAUCAAAACUGCGUCCAUAUUAGCCAAAAAGGUAGUUGGGUUCGAGAAAUCUACCAGGACCAGAAUCUUUGCUAUGUGCUACUACAAUAAAAGCUGUCAAUGGAGCCUAUCUGCAAAUGUUGAGGGAGAUGGUAAAAGUUUUAAAGUGCGUAAAAUGGUAAGCAAGCAUACAUGCCCUUGUUUGGAUGACUCUAAAAAUAAAUUGGCAACUCCUGAAUGGAUAAGUGAUUGUGUAGUCGAUUACAUAUGGCCUGACAAGAAUGCAUUUUUCAAACUGAAUGAAAUGAGAAUUGUAUCGUUUAUUAAGGACAAUUACCAAAUAGAUAUAGAGGCUACGCCUGCUUCAAAGGCAAAGAAACUUGCUAUAGAGAAAAUACAUCAUUUACAACUCCAGGAUUACAUUGCCAGAGUCUUGCAACCGAAUCCAGACAGCAUUGCAUCCUUAACUUCUAAAAAUGAUAGGGAGUUUGAAGGUUUGUUUAUCUCAUAUAAGGCAUGCAUGAAUGGUUUCUUAAGGGGUUGCUUGCCACUUGUGUUCUUCGAGAAAAUUCCUACAGAAAAAGGAGACGGAGGUAACAACCUGCUUGCAGCAAUUGGUGUAGAUGGGAACAAAAACAUGUUCCCAUUUGCAUUUGCACUCCUGAACAAGAAAACUGAGUUGAAAGAUGCAUGGGAACUCUUUUUUGAUCAUUUAGAUUAUAUUGUUAAACAUCCUGGAUUUAAGCAGAUGAAUAUUAUAUCAAACCCUUCAUAUGAGUUAACUGAAGCUAUUGAAGGUAAGUUUCCUAGAGCAGUGCAGGGACCUUUUGCCUGGCAUUUGUCUCUAGAGAUGCAAAACAAAUUUGGAAGCAAUAUAGACAUGUGUUGUCAGCAGAUUGCUAUGGCUUUAACCACAGAAGAAUACAAUAAAGCCUUUGCAGAUCUGAAGUUUGGAAAUGAAGAAGCAGCUGAAUGGCUAGUAGAAAACCUCCCGAGAAAUUGGGUUACUUCAAAAUUUCUCCCAGCAAGGAUCUCACCCCUUCCAGCUAUGCUGGAGCAAAUAAGUAUUUGUUUGAGGCGGAUGUUCGAUGAAAGAAGAGAUAAAUCCACGAUCAACUCACCAAGUUGUCUGACUCAAUAUGCCGAUGAGAGGAUUAAGGCAGCUGAUGAAGCCUCUAGAACUCAUACUGUGCUCCCGCCAAAACAUUCGAUCUAUGAGGUUCAAGAUAGCAAUAACAAUAUGAAUUAUGAUAUAGAUCUUCUAAAAAAGAGUUGCACGUGUUUGCACUGGCAAAAGAUGGGGAUCCCGUGUUCCCAUGCAAUUGCCACAAUCAAGAAAGUGCAGAAAGACACACCUAUUUCCGAGUAUUGUGAUGGCUAUUAUUCCAUACAAAGUUAUCGAAUGGCUUACGAAGAUACAAUCGAACCGGUUAAGGUGUUACAUAUGCCAUAUAUCCCACCAAAGAAAAGAACAAAAAAAAUCAGUGAUACUUCAGGAGAAAGCAGGAGAAAGAAAUCUAGGGAAACAUGACUACGCGCUUCAUUGAUAUGUCCAUAAGAUAUCAUGACAUUCAUGUGAGCCUAGUAAGAUUCCAUCAUUAUUCUUGAGAAAAUUCAGUUUGCUAAUCUGGAUGAUAAACUGCUGGUGUCUGCUAAAUACUUAGUUCGCUCAGGAGUAAGAUUGUGCUUGUUUAUGAUUUUUCAGAUAAAUAACUUAUUUUUGAAUUUUGCUUCUACUAGAGUUUUUCUAAAA